UCUGUGCCAGAGCACUGGCCCAGAUAGCGUGCGCAGCUGGGGAAGAGAGCGCUGCUAUCAGCGGGGCCAGGCGACUUCCAGCCUGCCAUGGCCUCUGGGGCACCUGGGGAGCGGUUGCGCGAGGAGGCUAGGUGCCCGGUGUGUCUGGAUUUCCUUCAGGAUCCGGUCAGCGUAGCCUGUGGCCACAGCUUCUGCCUCAGGUGCAUCUCGGAGUUCUGUGAGAAGUCUGACAGCGCGCAGGGCGGCCUCUAUGCCUGCCCGCAGUGCCGGGGCCCCUUUGGGCUGGAGAGCUUUCGGCCCAACCGGCAGCUGGCCAGCCUGGUGGACAGCGUGCGGCAGCUGGGGCUCGGCGCGGGGCCGGUGGGAGUGCGCCUGUGUGCGCAGCACUGCGAGGAACUGACCCUCUUCUGCGAAGUGGACCAGGAGGCACUGUGCUGGGUCUGUGACACCACUGCUGAACACAGGAGUCACCACACCAUGCCUCUGCAAGAGGCAGCUCGGUGUUACCAGGUAAAGCUCCAGAGGGCCCUGGAAAUGGUAAGAAAGAAGAUGGAGGAGGCCUUGACUCAGGAGGUCAAUGUGGGGAAGAAAACUAUCAUUUGGAAGGAAAAAGUGGAGAUGCAGAGGCAGCGCUUCAGGCUGGAGUUUGAGAAGUAUCGUGGCUUCCUGGCCCAUGAGGAGCAGCUCCAGCUGCGGAGGAUGGAGGAGGAGGAGCGAGCCACCCUGCAGAAACUGCGGCACAGCAAGAACCUUCUGGGGCAGCAAAGCAGGGCUCUGAAGGAGCUGGCUGAGGAGCUGGAGGAGAGGUUCCAACGCCCAGCUCUGGGGCUGCUGGAGGGUGUGAGAGAAGCAUUGAGCAGAAGUAAGGAUGUCAUGCAGCUGGAACUGGAGAACAUCCCCAUGGAGCUGAAGACAAUGUGUCACAUCCCUGGGAUGAGGGAAAUGUUGAGAAAGUUCCAAGUUGAUGUCAAGCUGGACCCUGUCACAGCGCAUCCUAGCCUCCUCUUGACUGCUGAUCUGCGCAGUGUGCAGGACGGAGAGCUGUGGAGGGAUCUCCCCAACAACCCGGAGCGAUUUGAUACAUGGCCCUGUGUCCUGGGUUUGCAGAACUUCUCCUCAGGAAGGCAUUACUGGGAGGUCAUGGUAGGAGAAAGAGCAGAGUGGGGUGUAGGUGUCUGUCGAGAGACGGUGCUGAGAAAGGGGGAGACCACACCCUCUCCUGAGAACGGAGUCUGGGCCAUGUGGCUACUGAAAGGAAAUGAGUACAUGGUCCUUGCCUCCCCAUCUGUACCUCUCCUCCACCUGGAACGGCCUCAUUGCAUUGGGAUUUUUUUGGACUAUGAAGCAGGUGAAAUCUCCUUUUACAAUGUAACAAAUGGGUCUUACAUCUACACAUUCAACCAACUGUUCUCUGGUAUUCUCCGACCUUACUUUUUCAUCUGUGACACAAUUCCUCUUACCUUGCCACCUAUGACAGAUGUGGAGUCAGAAAAUUGGGCAUCCAGGGGUCAUCUUUACUCUGCUUCUAAUGUUGGACAUGAUCAUUCCUAAAAUUCUGUUCCUGAGAAUUUUAUGCCUAGCAAGUUUUCCUGGAGUGGAAUCGGGAGGAUGCAAAUAUGCUAAGCCCCAAAAUGUCCCCAUUUAGAUCAGCACUUUAAUCCUUAUUGCUAUGGACAUUUUUCCAUGAGGACAAAACAGAAAAUAUGAAAUAUUUGCAUCUGGAGGAGGAUUACAGAGCAUAAUAAUUUUAGAAAUGCAGCAAUCUCCUCAAGUCUUUCCAGGUGGUGCUACAGCUUUUCUUGAUGAGGCUUUCUUCAAGUGAAUGGACCUGGUGUUAAACAAAGAUUUCUAUUCAUUCAUUAUAAUUUCACAUUCAUUUUUAUAUCUUUUUGUUCCAAGCCUUCGAUAUAUUGAGGAUAAGAAAUGUCAUUUUUUUUUUUUUUUUUAGAAAUGGCAAUUCCUAAAUUGGUGGAGAACAGUCCAAUACAGCAUCAGAUCUAUAAUUCUGUUUCUCCCUCUUCUUAUUUCCCUUCUCUUCUCUCAUUCUUUCUGUGUGUUUGUCUCCGUCUCUAACUUUUUUCUCUUUCUUGCUCUUGACUUUUUUUUUUCUCUCUACCUCUUCUUGUUCAGCCUUCCAUUUUUUUCUAGAUUAACAAAUUCAGGACCAUUUCUUUUUAUUCAAUUUUCCUAUGACUACAUUCAUUUACUCUUUGAAUCCUCUUUGUACUGAGACUAAUUGGAUUCUGGAAUCCAUUUCUUUCAUUCUGAUAUAACUGAUUACCACACCACACCCCUCUGAGAUUGCCAUUUUUCCCUUUAUCUUUGAAGACAUGUUUUAGAAUAGGAAUUUCUCAGAAUUCUGAUGCAACUAGUUCUUUGACUUAGCCAUUUACUAGUUUAAGACCUCAACACCUUUCUCUUUAGGUCUCAGCUACUUAAUAUGGUUCCUAUAUGUGGAAAAAAUGAUAUGAAUCUUAGAAUUCUAUGGCAAAUAUUUAAGAUCAUGAUUGAUAUGAUUGGUGUGAAUUAAACUUUCUACUUAAAUACAAUAUAAAGAUGAUGAUGACGAUUAUGAUGAUGAUCUGCUAAUAAUAUUUGACUUUUCUUUAAAAUACACUCUCUACUUUCCAAACAAAAUUCUUAAGUCAUUGAAGGCUAACUUUGCUGUUAUAUUUCUCUGUAUCUGUCUAAUAAAAAAUUGUGAGGCAAAUGCUAAAAUUCAAAUGUUUAAGUGCCAAACAAUUACUAAUGAAUGGCAAAUUUAGUUAACAGUAUUUUGAUAAUAAUCUGCCAACAUUUUAAUCUUCCACUUUAAUUCUACCUUGAAUUUUAAAGUAUUUUUCUCUUCCAGAGAGAUCUCUUUGACUAAAAUCUUUCACUUACUUUCCAAUAAUAUUAUUAACAUAGUUUUCUUUCUGCACUUUUUCAAUAUUUUUCUUUCCAGACAUUUUUCUUACAUUUGGAGGACUAUCAUGAAAUAUAAUAGUUUUAGAAAUGGUAUGAUCUCAUAAACUAUUACCAAAAGACUCUAUGAACUUUAUUGAUGAAUCCUUGCAUUAAAAAAGAUUUAUAUACAUUCAUGUUUGGUAUAUUUAUAUUUGAUCAUAAGCAAACAAUUCCUCUCUCCAUCUCUCCUUUCCAAAUGGGGGUAUUAAUGUAUUCUUAUCUCCAUCUUGGUGACAUUUUAUAGACCAUGAAUGCCCUAGGCCUCUUCCAUGCAUGGUUUGAGUAAAGAAGAGGCUCAUGCCUUGGGUUUCAGCUCAUGCUUCCCCAUCAUCAGGGAUUAAACAGGAGCUGGCAACUUACUGUAACACCUGAGUGUUGAUGUUACUGUAAGGCCAGGAUCCAUGACAGGAGUCAAUGCAGAGAAAAUACACUCAGAGCAGUAGAGACCCUUCCACAUAGACAUCAGGAGAAACAGAGUCACUUUUCUGAGAUCUCACCUCCUUGGGGGUUCCAACACCCAUUCACUUAUGCUUAAUGGGUAGAAGGACAACACCACAUACUCAGGGUGUGAACAGAGAAUAACCAGUUCCUAUGAGAAAGCAAACAUCCUGGUUUCCACUGUUUCUCUCUAAUGCUGUUAUCUUACUUUGCAUCUUACUAUGAUUUAUGUCAAUCAUUAAGCCAACUUAAGUGUGCCUUCAUCCCUUGUUUCCUAAACUUUGCAAGGUUUUGUGCGUCUUCCUAAAGGUUUCUUCUGUUCUUUAUGGAAUUCUGGUUCACUAACAGCAAACUUCUUUAAAUCCUAUUUAAAGAUUUUUCCUAUUCUCCUGAAACAUAUAGGAAUGUGAGAGUGUGCAUGUACGCAUGCAUGCACACAUACACACAGACUUCUCCAUCUCAGUGGAAAGCAACACCAUCCUUUCAGUCGCUCAAGCCAAGAAUCUGGUUGACUUCUCUCUUGAUUUCUUUGGCCCUCAUCCAAACCAUCAGCAAACCCUUGGUUCUACCUUCAGAACAUAUACAAAGCUUAGCCAGUCCUAACCACUCUGCUGCUAUAACUAGUCUGAACUUCCAUCCUCUUCCACUGAGUUGCUACAUUUGGUUCCUAACAUUAGCUGUACUCCAGCCCUUUGCGCAUCCAUUAUGGAUGCUGCAGCUGGGUUAUCCUUCAGCUCCCAAGACAGUACUUUGCAAUGACUUUCCAUUCAACUUAGAUAAUCUUUACAGCAAAACUUCAAACCCUGGAGUAUCUAAACACAAGCUCCUUACCUGAUUCUGAUUUUGUGUCCCUCCACAUGCUUCUGUUUUUAUCUUCCUCCCUCUAUCCUGGCACCUGGGCUGGGUUUACAUCAGACAAGGCACUUCCCACCAUGGGUCUUUCUCCCAGAUUAGCCCUCUACCUGUGGUUCCAUUUUCCCACAUAUCUCCUUUACUUAUCCCAUUUUUUUCAUUAAUCCUGCUCAAAUCCAACUUCUCAGUUCAACUAAACUGUCUGAAUCACCUUGGAGUCCACCCAGAACCCACUCUCCCAGUCCCCUUUACCAGGCCCAAUGGAGCCUUUUUUUCCAAUAUUGUAGUUAACAAUUUCUAAAUGUAUUCUAUUAUAUUGUUAUCUUAUUUAUUGUGUUUAUUUUUGUUUGUUUGUUUUGCCUUUUAUUGGUAGAAUGUAAGCACUCUGAAGGGAGGGAUAUCGGUCUAUUGAUAACAGUAUUCCCAACAUAUCUCAAGCACCUCAGAUACUGGUUUGUACAUGGUUAUCACUCAAUUCAUAUUUGUUGAAUAAUAAAUGAUUGACUUUCAGGGGAAGCAUUAAAUCAUAGAUCUAAAAGUGUUUUCUGAAAUGUAACAUAUUAUACUAUUAUAAUUAGUAUUUUAUUAUUAUUACUAUUAUUUAUAAGUACACAAUCACUGUCCAAUAAAGUUUAAUGUCAAGUGCUAAAUGAGUAGAAUCCAUUUUUAGGUAUACAGAAAAUUUGAAAAGAGGGAUCAAUUUGUGAAGGUAAUAAAUUCUAGGAACAUGA